CAACCUGGAGAUGUUAGUGCUGGAUAAUAAUCUUCUUUCCACGUUACGUUCCUCCAUGUUGGAAGGACUGUCAAACCUGCAGGAGCUCUACGUGAGGAAAAACAGGAUCAACAGUCUGCCGGCCGAUGUUUUCCGCCAUACCCCUAAACUUACCCAGGUGGCCCUAAGCGGGAAUCAACUUCACACGAUUGAUGGGAAUAUGUUGGCCAGUAUUCAUGGACUGCAGCGUGUCUAUCUACACGACAACCCAUGGAAAUGUGACUGCAACAUCAACUCUCUGGUGCAAUACAUAGAUCAAACCCGGGCGAACCGUGGCUCUCUGGAGAAGCUGUGGUGUGUAAGCCCAGAGGAACACCAGGGCAAACCUAUGCACAAACUGAAAUCCGAGGGCCUUCUCUGUCAUGCCUAGUUAGUCUCAGUCUCAUCUGAAAUGUCAUUUACGACGGUAUGUAAUCGAAAGGUAAAACUUUACAUAACUGCAAGCACGAUGACUUUGACAAGACAGUGAUCGGGGAACUGUUGCAGAUAAUUGCUAUUAUUUCUUUCGCACACAAGUCUGUUAUUUUUAGACCACCUGGAGCUACAUAUUACUACAUCAUAUGCUCUCAUCUGGUAGCACAAAUGCUUUUUUUUCUUCUUUCAUACAUGCUUUUCUUCUUUUUCUGGUGAAGAAGUUAAUGUAUUGUAUUAUUUGUGCAUUUCUGAAAUCAAAUACCGUAAAGGAAUGAGACCUCAGGACUAACGGAUGAAAUGAUCUUAUUAUUUUCAAACAGUGGAAGUUCUAACGUUUUACUAAUUGGAUAACAGUUUGUAAAUCAUUAUAAUCCUGUUCAUUAAAAAUAUGUAU